ACGGGUCACCAUCAACAAAACGCACUCAUCGUCUUCCUCCUCUUUUCAACUCUCCAAUAAAACUCCCACCUCUCUCUAAACUACCCAAAAUUUACAGAGAUGAAUCGAAAAACUCAUAAUUCUGCAUACAAAUUCUCCAUAAUAAUCUUCACAAUCACACUUCUCUUCAUCACAGCAAAUGCUGCAUCUCCUCCAUUCCUUCUAGUAAUCAGUAAAGACGAUCUUGUCGAUGCUGGUGAUAAAUCAUCAUCACCGCCAUCAUUUAUCGACGGUGGUGAUAAAUCUUCGUCAUCGUCAACAGCUGAAUGGGAUGAAUUUGAUGAUUCAGAUAAUAAAUCAGAAGAUGAACUUGAUCCAGGUUCAUGGCGUCAGAUCUUUGAACCUGAUUCUAUUUCAAUACCAUCUAAAUCAGAGAAUGAUGUUCUUUAUUACUCUGGUCUUAAGAAAAUGGUUAAAGCUGUUAGUAAUGGUGAUUAUAGAUUAAUGGAAGAAGCUACAGCAGAGAUUGAAGCUAGUGCUGUUAACGGGUAUCCUCAUGCUCAAUCUACUGUAGGGUUUCUGUAUGGUACUGGUCAAUUGAGAGAGAAAAAUGGUGCUAAAGCUUUUUUAUAUCAUCAAUUUGCUUCUCAAGCUGGGAAUAUGCAGUCUAAAAUGGCUCUUGCUUAUACUUACUAUCGCCAACAGAUGCACAAAGAAGCAGUGAAGCUAUAUGCAGAGCUAGCAGAAGCAGCGGUAUCGAGUUUUUUGAUUUCAAAGGAUCCAGUGAUUGAACCAGUGAGAAUUCAUACUGGAGCUGAGGAGAAUAAAGAGGCAUUGAGGAAAUCAAGAGGAGAAGAUGAUGAAGAUUUUCAGAUUAGUGAAUACCAGGCACAAAAAGGGAGUGCAGGAGCAAUGUAUAAGAUUGGGAUUUAUUAUUAUUUCGGAUUAAGAGGUGUAAGGCGUGAUCAUGUCAAGGCUUUAAGUUGGUUUUUGAAGGCUGUUGAAAAGGGAGAGCCAAGAUCAAUGGAAUUACUUGGGGAGAUAUAUGCAAGAGGUGCUGGUGUUGAGAGAAAUUAUACAAAGGCACUUGAAUGGCUUACUCUUGCAUCUAAACAACAACAUUUUUCGGCUUAUAAUGGAAUGGGUUAUCUGUAUGUGAAAGGCUUUGGAGUAGAGGAAAAGAACUACACCAAAGCAAAAAAGUAUUUUGAAAAAGCUGCUGACAAUGAUGAGGCUGGUGGUCAUUAUAACCUUGGGGUGCUGUAUCUUAAAGGGAUAGGUGUAGAAGAAAAUAUAAACCUAGCAUUGAAGUAUUUCAUUACAGCAGCCAAUGCGGGUCAGCCGAAGGCAUAUUACCAAUUGGCAAGAAUGUUCCAGUAUGGGAAAGGGCUUAAGCAGAAUCUCCCAAUGGCUACCACGUUAUACAAAUUAGUUGCUGAGAGGGGACCUUGGAGUUCCUUGUCAAGAUGGGCAUUAGAGUCAUACAUGAAAGGUGAUAUAGGGAAGGCAUUCUUAUUGUACUCAAGAUUGGCAGAGCUAGGAUAUGAGAUUGCACAAAGUAAUGCUGCAUGGAUUCUUGACAAAUUUGGCGAGCGGAGUAUGUGUAUGGGAGAAUCUGGAUUUUGUACAGAUUCUGAAAGGCACCAACGUGCACAUUCUUUGUGGUGGCAAGCUUCUGAGCAGGGUAAUGAACAUGCAGCCCUACUUAUUGGUGAUGCAUAUUACUACGGAAGGGGCACUGAGAGAGACUAUGACCGUGCUGCCGAGGCUUACUUGCAUGCCAAGUCACAAUCGAAUGCCCAAGCUAUAUUCAACCUCGGGUACAUGCAUGAGCAUGGCCAAGGGCGUCCGCUUGAUCUUCAUCUCGCCAAACGAUAUUAUGACCAGGCCCUAGAAAUUGAUCCUGCAGCAAAAUUACCAGUCACACUGGCCCUUAUGAGCUUGUAUGUAAGGAAAAACUAUGCGAACACUAUCCUGGUUGAUAUGAUUGAUGCAUUGCCUGGUUUGUUUCCGAAAGUGGAGGUUUGGGUUGAUAAAGUGAUAAUGGAUGAAGGCAAUGCAACAAUCCUCACUCUCUUUGUCUGCCUAUUAACUGUUCUUUACCUACGUGAGAGACAACGAAGGCACGCUGUUGCUGCAGCUGGAGAUUUAGCCAUUCCUCAACCGAAUAACAAUAAUGAUUUACCAGUUGCACCAAUUUAAUUCUCAUACACAUGGUUUUGAAAUUCUGUCACGGGUCGUUUCAUACAGUACUCUUUAUCCGACAUAUGAAAAGGGAAACUGUUCCCUAGAAAGGGAAGAUUGUGUGAAAAAUGAGAUUAGGAAAUCAUCUUAGAGGUUAGUUGGCCUGGCAGGUAGGAAAAGAAAAAAAGAAUGACCAUCUUGAAGGCUAAAAUUUGUAUUGUGGAUAAACAACAUUUGUAAGCCAAGAUUAGGAGCCUAUAGUGUACGUCUUACAUGGCGUUUUUCUUUGCAACUCAAUUAAUUUAAUUCAUGUUAAGAAGUGUAACAUUAAAAAUUCAAUCCUUUGACUAAUUGCAAGCUAA